ACGCUGAUGAAUGUACUGUAUGUUAUUUUAAUUUUUUUAUCCUUUAGCUUUUAUCGACAUAUGUUGUCAUCUUCGACGAAAAUUUCAUUUUAAAUACAUUUAAAAUGUAUUUUUUUUUUAAUCUCGGACGUCUCAGUGGUCAUUUUGCGCGGGAGGUGAAAGGUGAUGCAAACAUGGCGGAAGGUCUGGAGCGGUGGUCUGGAUGUUGUGUCGACUUCUCAUCAUUACCCGUUUAAAUGUCUGCUAAGUGUCAUAUUGAUGAUUUGGUGACUUUUGGAUACGCACAAGAAAGACUGGUCAGAAAAAACAUUUAUUGAUCCAACAGCGGAGACUGAUGAUCAGUCGACGUGACACGAAGACGCGACCAUGAAUAGGAAAAGGGACAAAGGAUUUGAGAGCCCACGGCCAUUUAAAUUGACCCACCAGGUUGUGUGCAUCAACAACAUCAACUUCCAGAGGAAAUCUGUCAUUGGCUAUGUUGAGCUGACCAUUGUCCCUACCGUAGCCAACCUUAACAGGAUUAAGUUGAACAGUAAACAGUGUCGCAUCUACAGGGUCCGAAUCAAUGACCUUGAAGCCUCCUUUAUUUAUAAUGACCCCACCCUGGAAGUGUGCCACAGCGAGUCGAAGCAAAGGAACCUGAAUUAUUUCUCCAGUGCCUACACGGCAGCAGUGAGUGCUGUGGACCCCGAUGGAGGACACGGGGAGUUGGUCAUCAAGGUUCCUUCUGAACUCUGGAAGCAAGGAGAUGAGUCCCAUCUUUUGAAGGUGUACAUUGAAUACUCAUUGGACCAGCCAAAAGGGGGUCUCCACUUCGUUGUCCCUGAUGUGGAAGGCAAUAUGGCCGAGAGAGGAGCUCACGUCUUCUCCUUUGGACACCACAACUCCACAAGGUUCUGGUUCCCAUGUGUGGACUCUUACUCAGAAUUAUGCACAUGGAAGUUGGAGUUGACCAUAGACGCCUCCAUGGUCGCUGUGUCAUGUGGUGAUCUGGUGGAGACCAUCUACACGCACGACAUGAGGAAGAAAACCUUCCAUUAUGUCCUGUCCAUCCCUACUGCGGCUCCCAACAUCUCCCUGGCAGUUGGGCCCUUUGAGAUCCUUGUGGACCCCUACAUGCAUGAGGUGACCCACUUUUGCCUUCCGCAGCUGCUGCCGCUUCUCAAGCAUUCAAUGUCUUACCUGCAUGAGGUUUUUGAGUUCUAUGAAGAAAUCCUGACUUGCCGCUACCCUUACUCCUGCUUUAAGACGGUUUUUGUGGAUGAGUCGUAUGUGCAAGUGUCCUCCUAUGCUUCCAUGAGCAUCUUCAGCACCAACCUACUUCACAGUGCUAUGAUUAUAGACCAGACCCCUUUGACACGCCGAUGUCUGGCCCAGGCCUUGGCUCAACAGUUUUUUGGUGUUUUCAUCUCAAGGAUGUCAUGGGCUGAUGAGUGGGUGUUGAAGGGCAUCUCUGGCUAUAUCUUUGGCUUGUACCUGAAGAAGACCUUUGGAGUAAAUGAGUACCGCCACUGGAUCAAAGAGGAACUGGACAAGAUUGUGGAAUACGAGCUGAAGAUGGGAGGAGUUCUUUUACACCCAACCUUCAGCGGAGGCAAAGAAAAGGACAAUCCAACUCCCCACCUCCACUUCUCCCUCAAGCACCCGCAUACUCUUUCAUGGGAGUACUACAAGAUGUUCCAGUGUAAAGCUCACCUAGUGAUGAGGCUCAUAGAAAACAGGAUCAGCAUGGAGUUCAUGUUACAGGUUUUCAACAAGCUUUUGAGUCUGGCCAGCACGGCAUCUUCACAGAGGUACCAGAGUCACAUGUGGAGCCAGAUGCUUCUUUCUACCCACGCCUUCUUGAAAUCUAUUUCCAACGUCUCUGGCAAAGACAUCGCUCCUCUCAUUAAACAAUGGGUAGAUCAGAGUGCUGUCGUCAAAUUCUUUGGCAGCUUUGCAUUCAACAGAAAGAGGAAUGUUCUGGAGCUGGAGAUCCGCCAGGACUACACGUCUUCGGGGACUCAGAAGUAUGUGGGUCCCAUCAAGGUGACAGUACAGGAAUUGGAUGGAUCUUUCAAUCACACUUUGCAGAUCGAAGAGAACAGCCUCAAACAUGAUAUUCCAUGUCACUCCAAGAGCCGAAGGAACAAGAAAAAGAAGAUUCCUUUAAUGAAUGGAGAGGAAGUGGACAUGGAUUUAUCAGCCAUGGAUGCAGACUCUCCUCUUUUAUGGAUACGGAUCGAUCCAGACAUGUCAAUACUGCGGAAAGUAGAAUUGGAGCAAGCCGACUUCAUGUGGCAGUACCAGCUGCGAUAUGAAAGGGAUGUCGUUGCGCAGGAAGAGGCCAUAUCUGCUCUGGAAAGUUUCCCAACUCCUGCCUCCAGACUGGCUCUCACUGACAUCCUUGAACAAGAACAGUGUUUCUACAAAGUCCGCAUUCAAGCCUGCUUCUGCCUGGCCACGAUCGCCAAUGCUAUGGUGAGCACGUGGCAGGGCCCACCAGCUAUGAAGUCCCUGUUCACCAGAAUGUUCUGCUGUAAGAGCUGCCCCAAUAUUGUAAAGACCAACAACUUCAUCAACUUCCAAAGCUAUUUCCUGCAAAAGACAAUGCCUGUUGCCAUGGCAUUACUCAGAGACGUCCAGAAUCUUUGCCCCAGAGAUGUCCUUAACUUCAUACUUGACCUCAUCAAGUACAAUGACAACAGGAAAAACAAAUUCUCAGAUAAUUACUACCGUGCAGAACUGAUUGAAGCACUGACCAACUCCUUGACCCCUGCCAUCAGCAUCAACAAUGACAUGCGGACAGUGGACAAUUUAAAUGCUGAUGUACAUCUCAUUUUGGAGGAGAUUACCAGAUUCCUCAACAUGGAAAAACUCUUGCCAAGCUACAGGAACACAAUUACUAUCAGUUGUCUUAAAGCCAUUCGGCAACUUCAAAAGAAUGGUCAUAUUCCAAGUGAAGCGUCACUCUUCAGGUCCUAUGCAGAGUAUGGACACUUUGUUGAUGUGCGUGUUGCUGCUCUGGAGGCUCUGGUGGACUAUACGAGAGUUGAAAGAAGCUCAGUGGAACUACAGUGGCUGCUCAGUCUCGUCCAGAGCGACCCAGCUCAUUAUGUCAGACAUAAGAUCUUGGCUAUGCUUUGUAAGAACCCACCCUUCACCAAGACAACAGAAUCAAGUCUAUGUGAUGAAGCUCUGGUGGACCAACUCUGGAAGCUGAUGAACUCAGGCACUGCUCAUGACUGGCGACUGCGGUGCGAUGCUGUAAACCUUUACUACACCUUGUUUGGUUUGACUCGGCCCUCCUGCCUGCCCCUCCCUGAGCUUGGCCUAGUGUUGAACCUGAAGGAGAAGAAAGCUGUACUAAACCCCACCAUCAAGCCUGAAUUGAGCGUUGGUGCUGUCAUUGACACCGCUGCCAGUAUAGGAAUCCAUGGUGUUGGCAUCAGUUAUCCACCUGAGGAUGAAGAGCCGGAUCCUAUUUCACUGGGGGUUUGUGGGGUAGGUCAGCCACCUCAGGGCAUCAAGAGAAAAGCUGACACUCAGCUGGGCUCCCCUCCAGAACCAGGACCAGCGCUGCAGCAUCAAGAUGACGACAGUAAAGUGGGGCGCUACAAAAUCAGGUUUAACAUGGAAGAUGAAGUUAUUGACAUGGAGACGGUCCAUGACAGCCAAGCCUUCAUUCACCAUCAUCUCCAUCUAUUGGAGAGACCUUCUACACCAGGGAAAGAGCCAGCCUUGGUGGAACAUUCCAUGCUCUCCAUGCCGGCCACGCCUCUACCGUCCUUCCCCAAAGACCCUUCCUCCUUGCCACAGAAACACAGAAGCGAGCACAGCCACCACCACCACGAGCACAAAAAGAAGAAGAAGAAGAAGCACAAACACAAACACAAGCACAAACAUGACAACAAGGAGCGAGAGCGCGGGAACUCGCAUCCAUACAGCAAUAGUCCAGCCAGUGGCAAGUCCUUGCAGUCUCCAUCUCUGUCGGAAUAAAUUUCAUCCCUCAAACACAUGUCCACAAGCAAACACACAAAUCCACAGUACAUAAUAUCAAAAGAAGUAUUGGAUCCCUGCUAAUUAUGUAUGUUGAUAUGAAGAAUACAUAAUUUUUACUCUACCUUUUAUUUGAACGGAGAGACAGAUUGUAAAUAAAAUAAAGUUUAUAAAUGAAUUAGUAUUAGAUGGAGUUAAAUGAGUAUUUGAUGGCAAUAGAAAAUGUGGUUUAGUAGUUGGUGGAGAAAGCCUUGUUUACAAGCACGAGAGAGGUCAGAUGUAUCUUACUAAAGAUUGUGAGAUCAACUGAAGCCCCUGUGUGGGCAAGGUAAUGCUUUUCUUGCUGACUGUGCUCCCAACUCCCUUGGCAUCGUCAACCAGCUCCUCCCCUGUCAUUGUGGACUACUCCCUCACCUUUCUCACAGUCAUCCAUAACCCACCUGGUGAAAUAUUGCAGUCUUGUGCAGGUCAGCAAUCUUUGGUCUUUUCCACGUAAUGAGUUGAUAUUAGGAGUACAGUCCUCCCUCGCUACAUUGAGCCCUCACUCUCUUUUAAAAAAUUAAUAAAUGGUCGCUGUUUCAUGGUUGAAUACGACCUACUUUUUUAUAUGUGUGUAUAUAUAGAUAUAGCUAUAGAUAUAGAUAUAUCUAUAUAUAUAUAUGCACGCAAUAAGCGAGGGAUUUGUGUACUUUCUUAAAGAGACUGGACUCAUUUGUGUGUUUCACGGCCACAUAACCGCUAAUGCUUGCUGUUGUUAUACGGUUCAAAUACGUAUUUUCUUCAUUCAUAUACAAAUUCAUAUAUAACUUUAUAACUUUAUUUCCAUUUACACAUCAAGAUUUUCUGACUUUUUAGUUACUUUUUUUUUACAUUUUGCCUUGCCUCCAGUGUUUUUGUA